CUCGGUUUGUACUUGCACCGGGUAGCUCACAGCGGCGUGGCCCAGCUUUGCACUGAACCUCCGACACCGGGAAGCAACCGUUUAAUUUAAAAAUAACUCUUUCAAGCACCGAAAGAAACAACCGAUAAACCAUGACUAGCUACCACAAACCCGACGAGAAGACUCUGCAGGGGCUGAAGGACAUCGCCAACAAGCUGAGGAUCCACUCCAUCAAGGCAACAUGCGCCUCCAACUCUGGCCAUCCUACAUCAUGCUGCAGUGCAGCAGAGCUCAUGUCUGUGCUCUUCUUCCACACCAUGCGCUAUAAAGCGGAUGACCCUCGCAACCAGUGUAACGACCGCUUUGUGCUCUCAAAGGGCCAUGCUGCUCCUGUCCUGUAUGCCGCCUGGGCAGAGGCUGGUUACGUGAAGGAGUCUGACCUUCUCAACCUGCGUAAGAUUGACUGUGAACUGGAGGGGCAUCCCACACCAAAACUGGCUUUUGUUGAUGUGGCUACAGGAUCUCUGGGACAGGGUCUCGGGGCUGCCUGUGGGAUGGCCUACACUGGCAAACACUUUGAUAAAUCCAAUUACCGCGUGUACUGCAUGAUGGGUGAUGGCGAGUGUUCAGAGGGCUCAGUGUGGGAGGCCAUGGCCUUUGCCUCCUACUACAAGCUGGACAACCUAGUGGCUAUCAUGGACGUCAAUCGGCUCGGUCAGAGUGAGGCUGCACCCCUGAAGCAUGACAUGGAAACCUAUCGCAAGCGCUGUGAAGGCUUUGGGUGGAACACAUAUGUUGUGGACGGUCACGAUGUGGAGGAGCUAUGCAAAGCUUUCUGGCAGGCUCAGCAGGUCAAGGGCAAACCCACCUGCAUUGUUGCCAAGACCUUCAAGGGCAAAGGACUCAAAAAUAUUGAGGAUCUUGACAACUGGCAUGGAAAGCCCAUCCCUAAGGACAGGGUGGAUGAGCUCCUGAAUGACCUGCAGUCACAGAUCCAGGUGCCCAACAAGACCCUGUCCCCUGAGCUGCCCAGUGAUGACACAAAACCUGCAGACCUAAGCCACAUUUCCUUGCCUGCAGCCCCAGCAUACAAAAAGGGAGAUAAGAUGUCAACAAGGCGUGCAUACGGUGUUGCUUUGGCCAAGCUUGGCCAGUCGAGCCAGAGAGUGGUUGCCUUGGAUGGAGACACCAAAAACUCUACAUUUUCAGAGACCUUCAAGAAGGCGUUCCCUGAACGUUACAUUGAAUGCUUCAUUGCUGAACAGAACAUGGUUGGAGUGGCCAUAGGCUGUGCCACCCGUGACCGCACAGUUGCGUUUGCAAGCACAUUUGCUGCCUUCUUCUCUAGAGCCUAUGACCAGAUUCGUAUGGGAGCCAUCUCUCAGUCAAAUGUCAACCUUGUAGGGUCCCACUGCGGAGUCUCCAUUGGUGAGGAUGGUCCUUCCCAGAUGGCCCUGGAGGACCUGGCCAUGUUCCGUGCCAUCCCAACAUGUACUGUGUUCUAUCCCAGUGAUGCAGUGUCCACAGAGAGAGCUGUCGAGCUAGCAGCCAACACAAAGGGUAUCUGUUUCAUCCGUACCAGCAGACCAGACACUGCAGUCAUCUACUCUCCAGAUGAGAAGUUGGAAGUGGGAAUAGCCAAGGUGGUGCGCCAGUCUGACAGUGAUGUGGUGACUGUGAUUGGAGCAGGUGUCACUCUGCAUGAGGCCCUUGCUGCUGCAGAUAUGCUGGCCAAGGAAGGGAAAAAUAUUCGUGUGAUUGACCCAUUCACCAUCAAGCCCCUGGAUGCCACUACCAUUUUGGCCAGUGCCAAAGCCACAGGAGGACAUAUCAUCACUGUGGAAGACCACUACAAGGAGGGUGGUCUUGGUGAAGCAGUGCUGUCAGCAGUGGGCUCUGAGCCCGGCAUUGUCGUGACUCGGCUGGCAGUGAGCGGUGUUCCUCGUAGCGGAAAGCCCCAAGAGCUUCUGGACAUCUUCGGCAUCAGUGCCAAGUGUAUUGCCCAGGCAGUGCGUCAGACCUUUGCUAACUAAGGACUGCACCUGAUCUCCCACUCACUGCUGUUCCCUUUCUACCACCUUUCUGCCCAACUUGCAGCUACCUGGCACAAUCACAUAAAAACCUGUUAACUUGACUGUGCUCUUGUGCCAUCUUAUGUCUUUGACUUGAGUGCAGUGUGCUCUAUAUUCUGUCACAGAUUGAUAGAGAUGUGAGUAUAGUGUGCCGUCUUACAAGUGGCUCAGAUCACUGAAUACUGUAAAUGUGGCAUGUUGACAGUCAGUGAACCUGCAGCCCAUCCAGGUUCUGAUCCAUUGAACUGUCAGGCCAUCUGCAUUCCACCCUGCGUUUUACCACAUUCCUUAAAACAUGUCUCAUGUCUUCUCACUUGGCUGGCUCUCUUUUUCUAUGAACUGUUACUGUUUCUUAUAAAUCUAAUAUACUAGAUCCCUUACUGUAGUUGUGUUCAACCACAGCCUUGAACGCCUAAGCAUAGUGAUAGAGAGCCAUUUCUUCAAACACCUAGCGUGAGUUUAACCAGUUGUGUAUUUGAACAUUCUUCUAAUGAUUCCCAACCGCUCAUAUCACACAAUGUUACUGGUGUACCAGGUAACCCAUGUCAUCCUGUUAUUGCUGUGUUGAAUUAAAAAUAAUUAACCCAAUGCCA